CGUACAUUUCAAGCAUCCGCGAGCGUGAUGUUUUUAUUAUGUAAGUACGUGCCCUGGCUGUACAGUUUGAUCAUUUAUAAGCAUGACGAUUUCCUACAAUCGUCGGAGUCACGCCCCGAGAGUAUAGCCAGACGCAGGCACUCUCUUCGACUGUUACUAUGCAGUCAUUCGUAAUUAACUAAGUCAUAGGAGUAUUACCCCGGGAGCAUAGCCAGACGUAGGCACUCUCUCUGUUUGUUAGAUUGCAAUUAACAUAAUAGUUAUUAUUUCGCUCAUAGUCUAUUGUAUAACGCGAGUGAUAAAUAUAGAGUAAGUUCAAUUUAUUCUAUUAUUUCGAACCCCUGAUGACCCAGGAACCGUACAUUUUGGUCCUUUGAGCUAUCCGGGAAUAGCGGGUCUUUCGCGUACAGUUGAUCGCGUUCGCGUUUUUCUCCGUCAUCCUGAUGAUCGGCGCCGUGGAAAAACAUCCCACUGCUGGUUUGUUGGGUCGUCAAGCAAGUAAGAAACUAUCAUCCGCAUCAAUAGAAAAGAGGAGAGCAAGGAGAAGGAGGAUCCAUAGCGGUCAAAUAGGGAGGCAGGCGACAGGAAGUCCACUCCCAGCAUUUUUAAGGACCCAUAGCGGUCAAAUAGGGAGGCAGGCGACAGGAAGUCCACUCCCAGCAUUUUUUAAGGACCCAUAGCGGUCAAAUAGGGAGGCAGGCGACAGGAAGUCCACUCCCAGCAUUUUUUAAGGACCCAUAGCGGUCAAAUAGGGAGGCAGGCGACAGGAAGUCCACUCCCAGCAUUUUUUAAGGACCCAUAGCGGUCAAAUAGGGAGGCAGGCGACAGGAAGUCCACUCCCAGCAUUUUUUAAGGACCCAUAGCGGUCAAAUAGGGAGGCAGGCGACAGGAAGUCCACUCCCAGCAUUUUCAAGGACCCAUAGCGGUCAGAUAGGGAGGCAAGCGACAGUGAGUCCGCUCCCAGCAUUUUUAAGGACCCACAGCGGUCAAAAAGUAUAUCAGCGUCCUUUAAACCUAGAAGAAGGCAACGGACGUCAAUCUUCAACAUACGGAGGCAUCUACAGUAAGCCCUUUCCAUUUGUUUUGAGCACUAUAUUUCUGAGAAAUUAUCUCAUUUGUGAGCAUAAUUUUACUAAGAAUGAUAUGAAGCAUUCAUUGAGCAUUUUAUCAAGUAUAAGCAUUUAAGAAUCUAUAAUGCAAUAUUUACAAAGCGUUUAGUUAAUUAUUAUAUUAAGCAUAAUGGAGAAUUUAUUCCAAGCUUCGUUUACCGACGGUCUGAAAACCAUCAGGCAUUCAAGAAAAACCGAAGAGUUGCUUCGCAAACAAGCAUAUUUAUUUAGGUCGCUUGAUAAGAUUUUUGAACUAUCAAAUGUAUACUCCGAAUCCGACAAAGAUGAACUUGAAGGAGCGCUAGAAGAAAUAAAGUGGCAUUGGGAUUUAAUUUUUAAAACCCAUAUCAACAUACUUGUUGAUCAUGGCGGAUCCUACUCUGAGUAUGAAAAUAUAUAUUACGAGAAGCAAGCUAUAUGUAGGCGCCAAAAGAGAAAGAUAUAUCUCAAAUUACAUUCUUUAGAAACGCAUAUGGAUUCACCGGUACUUUAUUCAUAUAAUUCAGAAAAUUUCUUAUAUGCCUUGGAAACAGGUAAUAAUCAAACCUGGAAAGAUUCAAUUGCAAAACAACAGCGACCUUCAUCAAAUUUUAGCAUCAGCAAAAAUUCGCUGUCAACGCAUUUCGAUACACAAGGUCAAGGAAAUGCAAAUUUAAAUUGUAAUUCUACGCAAGCAGAGCAAUCAUUUCAAUAUAAAUCGGACAAGAAAAUCUCUUCGUCUUCGGCAAUGGUGGAAGGUUUAGCAGAAAGUGGUAACAAUCAGCAGAUACCAUCAGGCAUAGCAAUGAUGCCAAUACAGAAAACCACUGAUGUGCAGCAGGAAACAUCGAUAGUGGCAUUGGCGGAAGCAGUGGCAGCCAGUCUCGGAGUGGACUCCAAAGAGCCCACCCGGUACUGGACUCCGAUAGGUCUUAGUGUUAAUCACAGUAUACAUGCAGAUACUUAUCAAGGCGGAGAAUUAUCCAAAUUGGCAGAAAGCGUAGCACAGUCGUUAACUGACUACAGCAAGGAGCAACAUAGCACAGAAGAAAAAGAAAGGUAAUGUCUUUCGUAAAAGGGGAAGAUUGCGAAACGUUAUCGUUCCGCAAUAUAGCAGGCUCACCGAUUCAGGAUUUAAUAAAAAUACUAUACAGCAAACUUAUUCGGAUAUGCAUUCCUAUGAGUCAAAUAUGAGUAAUCAGAGGAAGAGAAAGAAAAGCACCAUAUAUAAAAUAAUACUUAAAAUUCCUUUAAGCAUACAAACCAGAGACUAUGUUUCGUAUGUUCAGUUCCAUUUAUGUAUAACAUACAUUGUCGAAACUUUAUAUUAAAUUAUACAUACAUCAAUUAACAAAUCAUUUUAUAAAGUGAAAAAUGAUAAUUAAUAUAAUAUCAUAAACAAUGAGUGGAAUGCCAGUUCAGCAAAAUAUCAUAUGUUAGCAAGUGGAAUGACCUACUGUGAAAGACGUCAACUACAAUGAAUAAUAUUAUGCAAGAUAUCAAAUUACCGAGGUACGGUUGCAUUUUACAACAAUUAUUUUUAACCUAGAUCAUGGUUGCAUUCACCAAACCUGUAAUAUAUUUUGUAUGCUCAUGAUAGUUCUCGGAAUGUGCUCAAGACAGGUAGUGGAUAGGAUAUUACAAUCAUAUAAAGUUCAGGAGACGUCACGGAGCAGUAGGUGCAGCAUCGGCAGAAUCAGCAGCCGGUCUCGCAGUGGCCUCAGGAGAAGCCACCCGGGACCGGACUCCGGUUAGGUAGUGCAAGGGCCCAUGAGCUAUGGGACCUAGUGUUAGUGAUAGUGCUGUGAUUAAAAGUGUUAGCGUAAGCCUAGAGACUGUUAAGCAUAAUAUAAUGGAUUCAUCUUGUAAAGCACUACAUAUUCAUCUUGCACUUUUGCCUGGGGGAGUAUGUACGAGCCAAGGCUGUACAUUUUACUCGCUCAGGCUUCCUUAGUUUUAUAAGCUUAAUUAUUUCCUAUGUAAGUACGUGCCAGGGAUCGUACAUUCCAAUCAUCCACAAGCGUGAUGUUUUUAUAAGUACGUGCCAGGGCUCGUACAUUUCAAGCAUCCGCGAGCGUGAUGUUUUUAUUAUGUAAGUACGUGCCCUGGCUGUACAGUUUGAUCAUUUAUAAGCAUGACGAUUUCCUACAAUCGUCGGAGUCACGCCCCGAGAGUAUAGCCAGACGCAGGCACUCUCUUCGACUGUUACUAUGCAGUCAUUCGUAAUGUAAUUCGCAAGUCAUAGGAGUUUCACCCCGGGAGCAUAGCCAGACGUAGGCACUCUCUCUGUUUGUUAGAUUGCACUUAUUAUAUAGCAAUUAACAUAAUAGUUAUUAUUCCGCUCAUAUUCUAUUGUAUAACGCGAGUGAUAAAUAUAGAGUAAGUUCAAUUUAUUCUAUUAUUUCGAACCCCUGAUGAUCCAGGAACCGUACAUUUU